AAAGGCAAAAGUUUUCUCAGGCGAACCAGAGAAUCGCCGGUGCCAAUUUUCUCAGGCGAACCUCUCUCUCUAUAUAUAUCUUUCUCUGGAAUUUUAUUGUCUUUAUGAGAAUUUCAUAAGCACGUCGCUCUCCUUAUUGCUCGAUUGUGAUUCUUGAUCAAACCCUAAUCAACCAAUCUUGUUUAUUCUAGAGAUAUGGACUCCUUACUUUCAAACUACGCCUCUUCUGAUGAGGAAGAAAAAGACCAUCGUCCUGCAAAACCACCUUCAUCAUCAUCAUCUAGGGUUGUCCCUAGAUCUACUUCUUCACUCUUCUCGUCUCUUCCACCUCCCGAUUCAUCUUCGACUUUCUCGUCUCUUCCGCCCAAUCCCCAGGAUACUAACCCUAAACCCAAAAGGGUUGUCCAACUCAAGCUUCCAAUCCUAACUUCUCGAAUUUCAGAUGAUGAUGAUGAUAAUGAUGAUGAAGACGAACCGAGAGAAGGGUUAAAGCCGGUAAAUUCUUCAACACAACCAUUCUCUUCCAGUUCUUUCUUGUCAAAUCUGCCUGCUCCCAAAUAUGCAACCACUUUAGGUGCCCUUCCAUCGGGUUCUGGUAGAGGAGGAGGAGGAGGAAGAAGAUCAAUUAUUGAAGCUGAUGUCCGUUCUUCAAAUUCAAAUGAUAACACCCAGAUUCAUCCGGAAGCUGGUCAGGCUUUGGGGCAAUUUGAAGGGCAAACAGUAGAGGGUUCUUCUUCUGCAGCUGCUAGUUUUGAUAAUACUCCCAGCUUGGUGCCGUAUGGUGGGAACUAUGAUGAUCCUAACUAUGAGAAUUAUACAAAUUCUUCUGGAUAUGAUACUUAUGGUGAUCAAGUACAUAUGGGAAACAAUUCCAUUGAUUAUUUGGCUGUAAACAUGGGGAAAGUGACUGGGAAGAGAGGGAGGAGGAGUGAUGUCCCUAUGGACAUAGUUGAGGUGAAGCAAGAUGAUUUGAUGAAGAACAGGCCGAGGGUUGAUCAGAGUAAGAGUACUGGUAUAGCAUUUGGACCAUCUUAUCAGGCUGUUUCGACAAAAGGGAAGCCUUCGAAGCUGCACAAAAGGAAGCAUCAAAUUAGUUCGCUCUAUUUUGAUAUGAAACAGAAUGAGACAGAACUAUCGGAGCGUAGAUCUAGGGGUUUUCUCACCAAGGCGCAAACUCAAGGUAAGUAUGGAUGGUAAACGGAGAAGAUGGACUAUGUCUGGUCUGUUGUUUGUUAUUCUGUUUAAUCGCCUUCGACAUCUUCAACUCACUUGGUUUGUGUACAAUUCCAAUAUUAGCUUUACAAGUUGUGUUGGAUUUUUAUGGUUUUAUAAGCCUAAACUUGUUUCCAAAUGAUUAUGCUCUUUUUAUUUUACCCAUUUCAAAGGUAGAUGGGUUUCUUUUUCUUCAAUCAAAUUUGAAUUGAGGUUAUUUAAAGAUUA